UGAAAAGUCAAUUCAACAUUGCCAUAUCCGUUUUUAAGAAAUUGUGCACGAUCCUCUCAGGAAUAGUCCGAUUAUUUGUCGGAAACAGUAGAAUAGUCGUCGAGAGACUGUAUGUCAAAAUAAUUAACUGAAUCUCUUCCUUUCAGUUCUUAAAUAUUUAUGACACUCCAGUGGAUUUACAACAGCACUUUUGGGAGUAUGAUAAAAUUAAUGUUUUUUCUUUCUUUUUCUUCCGUCUGGGAAACCAAUGGGAUCUUACCCAACAAAUAUUCGUCUUGCUUGUUUAGUUUGAAUCAAUCUUCGACAUCGUUCGCAUCCAAAAAUGUCGUGGAAUAUAUUUUUGAUACUCUUGCAAAUAAAUUCAUUUAGUGCUCAAAAGUUGUUGGAAAACAUCAGAGAGGAUUACUGUGAAAUAUACUGUAAAGGUGCAUGCAAUAACAGUUCCAGUGACAGAACGUGCCGCAAAGAUCGAUCCACUUUCAUCACCAACGACUUCACGCUGGAUUUAGACCAUGGACACUUGACAAUCGAGUGGAUUAAAGCCGACUGCAAAGAGUGUAAUAUCGUCGCCAUUUCUAAGGACACUAAUGUCAUGCUAAAAAAGUUAAGUGUGGGAGUUUUUAAGAACUCCACACUUCGUCCUGGAGUGUACUAUCUCAGAGAUCUCGGUGUACAGAAAGUGUCGAUAUACAAUUUAUUUAGUCAAUAUUUUGAAAUAUAUGAGAACAAUCUACAUUAUUUAAAUGGAUCGAAGUAUCUAACGAUUGUUUUCGACAGGUUUACAUAUUUUAUUAAUGACUACAUUCACAUGAGCCUGAAUCAUCUAGAAGGCAUUGCAAUUUUUUAUUGGGGACCAUACGAAUAUUCUUCACUCUGGAUGAACAGGACAAUUUUAGCAGAAAAAACCAAUUUAAAAUUUCUGAAAUUUAAUGGUAUAGAUUUUAAAAACCUCACUUCAAGAGUAUUCAACAAUUUGAAAAACUUACAGACAUUAAAUUUUACCAGGACCAAUGUAGAGGAUCUCUCUUUCCUAAGAUCUGACAAUCUACAAAAGAGCUUGCUGAAUGUUGUUCUGGAAGUCAAUCAAAAGGUGGAUAUGAAAUAUUUCGAGGGCUAUUCCAGGUUAAAGUUGAUUCAAGUUGAUAAAUACGAACCCCAUGAGAAUAUAACAGCAAUAAUUUGCAACUUAAACCGACGGAAUUGCAAAUUUACCCUCGGAAUCAACGGAAUAAAGUGCCCUGCUAAAUGCGAGUGUCAAUUUUAUUGGGGAAAUAUGACUUUACAUAUAGAUUGUUCAAGACGUGGACUUACAUAUGUCCCACCAUUACCAAUUCCGAUUACUGGAGGAUCGACGACCCUGGACCUGAGAGGAAAUUCUCUAAUAGAGCUGCCCAACAACACUUUGAGUGGAUAUAAUGACGUAAAAAGUUUAAUUGUUUCCAGUAAUAGAUUGACUAGUCUUAGGGUUGAUCGGCUACCAAGUAAAUUGAAUAUUUUGGACAUCAGGUACAAUAACAUCCAAACACUGGACAAAGACGUGAUCAAAUAUCUCUCAAAUCUUGGUGAUUUCCUGCAGUGUGGCAACCAAUGGAUCGUCAAUUGCAAUGAAAAUAUUUUUAUGCACUUUUUGCACAAAAUUUACCGUCGGUCUUUAGGGAGUAAUUUAAAAUGGUGGGCGGACUCGGUGUAUCUUCAUCAUCUGAAUGCAGCUUGUCCUGAUGGAUGCCAUUGUUGCUUUAACCGGAGCACAGAUUAUUUUAUGAUCGACUGUAGGAGUGCUCAUAUAAACUAUUAUCCUCUACUUGCGCAUGCAAUACCUUACAAUGCCAUACUUCAGCUGGAUACAAAUAAGGUAGAGAUCAUUACACACUCAUUAGGUCAUGAUUCCCUGAGAGAACUGCAUUUGUUCGAUAAUAAAAUAGCGGACUUGCCAUUUCACUUGAUUCCCAAGAACAUCACACUUUUGGAUUUGCGAAAAAACCAGUUGGAGGCUCUCGAAGAUCAGGUCGUCGAUUUCUUUAGAGAACGCGAGGAAAGUGCCGUAUUGGAGAUUCGACUAUCCGCAAAUCCCUGGAAGUGCGACUGCAGGGCAAAGUCCUUCCUUUCAUUUCUGAGGCAAAAGGAACCGCUGGAGUAUACCGACGCCCUGGAUCGUUGUAAUAUCUUCUCUUCAGGAACGUGUCCAGAGGCCUGCAUCUGCUGUCUAGAUAAUUCUACAGUGCCUUCAAUGAUUAUCGACUGCAGAUUUAAAGGACUCAAAGCAAUACCUCCUUUACCUACACCAAUAUCUGGACAAUCGACUCUUCAUUUCGAAGGGAAUUAUCUCGAAGCCUUGCCCCCCAAUUCCCUGCGCGGAUAUGCAAAGUUAGGACAUUUAUAUCUGGCCAACAAUCGACUUACUGAAAUCAACCAACUGCCUGAGAAUAUAACAACUCUCGACUUAAGAAACAAUAGCAUUUCGGUGCUAAGUCAUCAGAUGCGGAUGUUCUUCGACAAGAGGAGAGCCUCCACACAGCUGAAGGUAUUACUCUCUGGGAAUCCUUGGACUUGCAAUUGCGAGGAGAAAGAUUUUCUGCACUUUGUGAAGAGCCGUUCGCGGUAUGUCGAAAAUGUAACAGACAUCUACUGCGUUGGCACGGGAAAGCUAAUGAUCCUCACAGAUGAGAGUGAUUUAUGCCCUUCCGGCACCGUGCACUAUGUGACCCUCACCAUAUCUUUCAUGCUAGUGAUUUUAACUAUAAACUUGAUGAUUUACAUCAAACAGCCUCUCCUAGUCUGGUUCUACGAGCACAAUGUUUGCUUAAAUCUCGCCGCCCGACGGGAAUUCGACAAACAGAAGAAGUUCGAUGCGUUUCUAUCAUUCACCCACAAGGACGAGGAGCUCAUUGAGGAGUUCGUGGAUAGACUGGAAAAUGGUGACCACUGCUUCCGACUGUGCUUCUAUCUGCGCGACUGGCUCGUGGGCGUGUCCAUUCCCGAGUGCAUCAGUCAAUCUGUAAAGGAUUCGAAGCGCAUCAUCAUCCUGAUGACGAACAACUUCCUGAACUCGACGUGGGGGCGACUGGAGUUCCGGCUCGCUCUGCAUGCCACCUCCCAGGAUCGAUGCAAGCGCCUCAUUGUGGUCCUCUAUCCCGAAGUGGAGAACUUUGAUGAUCUCGACAGCGAGUUGCGGACCUACAUGGUGCUGAACACGUAUCUCAAACGAGACGAUCCCAAUUUUUGGAACAAGCUAGUAUACUCAAUGCCCCAUGUUAAUUUGCGACAUGAUCAUCAGCCUGAUCCAGAAGCAAUAGAAUUUUCUGUGUUAAAUCGCAAUGAUUAAUGUUGCA